AUGGACCGCAGCCUCAGUUUCGAGGAGUUGGACGGCUACUCGGGCGACAAGGUGCUGGCGAUAUCGAUACCCUUCACAGUUCUGACGACGAUCUCCCUGGGGCUCCGAUUUUGUUCCAAGAGGCUUAUGCGAUCACGUUCUGGCUUGGAUGAUCUUUUGCUUGUGGUUGCUUACUUGGUCAACGUGGGUCUUUGUGCUGUUGCGAUCGUAAUGACCAAAAUUGCCGGCGUAGGACAUCACGAAGAAUGGGUCACAAACACGAACCCCUCGCAGAUCGUUCGCUGGGCGCAGCUCGUCCUGAUCUUCGAGUUCCUCCAUUUCGCGGGCGUCACAUUGCCGAAGCUGGCGAUCAUAUUCUUCUAUAUCCGAGUGUUCAACUGGAAGAGCAGGAUGCUGACAAUCUGCUACACGGCGAUGGGCCUCCUCGUUGCAACCUGGCUAGCAAGUUCCCUCGCCGCCUGUCUCCAAUGCAGGCCGUUGGCGUUCUGGUGGGACAAGACAAUCCAGGGAGGAAAAUGUUUCGACGCACAGCUUUUCUUCCGGGCACAAGCUAUCACGAGUCCCAUCAUGGACGUGGUGGUUCUUGCAUUACCAGUGAGGUCAAUUUGGGGCCUGAAGUUGCCAGAGAGUAAGAGAAUCGAGCUGUUGCUCGUGUUUGGUGUCGCAGGCUUGGGAAUUAUAUCAUCUAUUGUGCGCGUUCAAAUCUUCUUCACUACCGCUGCAUUUGCAGACCGAACUUGGGCGACAGUUGACCUAUGUGGAUGGUCCGUUGUUGAGGUUGGAACGUAUAUUAUCACAGCAUGUCUUCCGGGAAUGAGACCAUUGGCGCCUUUCCUUGUCCCGACACGACUGCUGGCAAAAGCACGGAAACUCACGACAAUCCCGAGCGCGGCCGGUUCCGGUCCAACCAGGAAGGAUCGCCAAAAUGACAACCAUAUCGGGCUUCCUUCGGUUGUUACGCACAACAGUAACAUACAAGGACAAUUCAAGGAAUGUGGGGCCUGGGAUGGGACUCCCCAGGACCAGAGGAUGGAAGAGCCUCGCAGUGAGCGAGCCGAGAUACAGGGGUCGCAUAAAGAGUCGUAUAAAGAGGAAGUAACAGAGAGGAUCGAUUGGGAAAGCGAGGGCGGUUUGACGAUCCUUGUCACUCGAACAACGUCAGUGAACAUCGACACGCUCGGGUCGUUCGACAGACCGUGGGAAUACCUGGGCCCGUCCCGCGGAGGUCUCACAAUUGGAAGCGGGUAA